UAUAUUCUUGGCCUGGCUGCGGCCGUGCAGGCCCAGGAGAUCUUCGUCACAACCACUGGCUACACAGCUCGACCUCAAUGCAAACAUGAAACUGCUUCUCCAAGCUAUCACUUCCAGCCUUUCUCGUACACGCUAAGUGAGACCGUCCGAUAUGCAAUCUCGAUGCCUUCUCCGACCACUACCAAAACAUAUGCUCCGGCGUUUACAGACGCAUCGAAGCAUAUGACGAGUGUCACAACCACUACCUGGGGUAAUUGGGUCCCUGGGCAGACGGUCAUCAGCGCGACCGAUACUCAGGAUCCUUACGGGCAGGCCGCUUGGUCAUCCAUGUGGAAGCAAGCAGACCUGCAAAACUACACCACCAUUGGGUUGUACACCACCACCGUCAGCCCCACUCCGGUUCCUACCAGCGAGCUAGUCCUGCCACCGCGAGACUACUUUGGUCCAUCAGAUUGCUAUAACUUUCCAGAUGAUUUCGUCUUUGGAGUCGCCGGUAGCGCUGCUCAAAUCGAAGGCGCAAUUGGUCUCGAAGGCCGCGGCCCCUCGCUGUUAGAGAAACAGAUCUCCAACCCGGAGCAGCCCAAGGACUAUGUAACCAACGAGAAUUAUUUCCUGUACAAGCAGGAUAUCCAGCGAUUGGCUGCUAUGGGAGUGGAGUACUACAGUUUCACCAUCCCGUGGACACGCAUUCUGCCCUUUGCCCUGCCCGGGACCCCUGUCAAUCAACAGGCCAUAGACCACUACAACGACGUUAUCGACGCUGUUCUAGAGGCCGGUAUGCAGCCUGUGGUCACCAUGCUCCAUUUUGAUAGCCCACUGUUGUUUGUUGCCAGUGACGAUAUCACGAGGCACCCUGACAUCGGAUACAACAACGGCGGUUAUCAGAACGAAACCUUUGUCGAUGCCUUUGUCAACUACGGAAAGGUUCUUUUGACCAACUUUGCCGAUCGUGUGCCCAUCUGGAUCACCUUCAAUGAGCCUCUCCUGUACGCUUUCAACUUCCAAGGUGUUGACAAUGUUGUCCACGCACACGCUCAUGUCUAUCACUUCUAUCACGACGUCCUGAAGGGAACCGGCAAAAUGGGUAUCAAGUUCAACGACAACUUCGGAAUCCCCAAGGACCCCAAGAACCAGAGCCAUGUCGAGGCUGCCAACCGCUUCCAAGAGAUGCAACUCGGGUUCUUCGGAAAUCCUAUCUUCCUUGGAAAGCAAUAUCCGGAUUCCGUUUUGAACACUAUGCCCGGAGCUAGACCGCUAAAUCAGACCGAGUUGAAGUAUAUCGGACACACCUCGGACUUCUUCGGCAUUGAUCCUUAUACUGCCACUGUUGUGUCACCGGCAGAUCAAGGCAUUGAUGCCUGUGUUGCGAACAAAAGCACCUCCAACACCCUCUUGCCUUACUGUGUCAACCAGGAGUGGCAGAACGUGUACGGUUGGAACAUCGGCUACCGCUCUCAGAGCUAUGUCUACAUCACACCAACUAUGUUCCGAGAGUAUCUCUUCUAUCUGUGGAACACCUACCGCCGCCCGGUCUUUGUCUCUGAGUUUGGGUUCCCCGUUUACGGUGAAGCCGAUAAGGAGCUUCCGGAUCAACUUUUCGACUCACCUCGCAGCCAGUAUUAUCAGAGCUUCAUGUCGGAGAUUUUGAAAUCCAUUUAUGAAGAUGGCGUCCACGUCAUGGGAGCUCUUGCUUGGAGCUUCAUGGACAAUUGGGAGUUUGGAGAUUACUCGGCACAGUUCGGCAUGCAAAAGGUGGAGCGACCUAGUCAGAAACGGUACUUCAAGAAGAGCUUUUUCGAGCUGGUGGAUUUCGUCAAGACUCGGCAAGGGUCGAAUAAAAAUUAA